UUUUUUCGCAGAAACGGGAAUUGGGAAACAUCUCUCACCCAGGUCUCCCUUUCUCUCUCUUCCAUCAAGACUCUGUCGACUGUCGGAGCUCCGAUCUCUUCUUGAACAAGGUUCCUGUCUGGUUUUUGGAACCGAAAUACCAUUUUGUUUAAUUUUAAGGUGUUGGAGUUAUCAUAAUGGCCACGGGUCAGCGCACUCCUAUUGAUUUAGAUCAAGGAUGGGAAUUUAUGCAAAGAGGGAUAACAAAACUGAAAAACAUCUUGGAAGGACAGCCGGAGGCACAGUUCAGCUCUGAAGACUAUAUGAUGUUAUACACGACAAUUUACAACAUGUGCACGCAAAAACCACCGCAUGAUUACUCUCAGCAAUUGUAUGACAAAUACAGGGAAUCCUUUGAAGAAUAUAUUACAUCAACGGUAUUACCUUCUUUGAGAGAAAAGCAUGAUGAAUUUAUGUUGAGAGAGUUGGUGAAGAGGUGGUCAAACCAUAAAAUCAUGGUUAGAUGGUUGUCAAGAUUCUUCCAUUACCUAGAUCGGUAUUUUAUUGCUCGGAGAUCCCUACCGGCACUCAAUGAAGUUGGAUUAACUUGUUUCCGAAAUCUGGUGUAUCAAGAGUUGAAUGGAAAAGUAAGGGAUGCUGUCAUAUCCUUGAUUGAUCAAGAGCGUGAAGGGGAACAGAUUGAUAGAGCCUUGUUGAAGAAUGUACUAGACAUAUUUGUUGAAAUUGGAAUGGGGCAAAUGGAUUACUACGAAAAUGACUUUGAAGCUGCAAUGCUCAAGGAUUCUGCAGCUUAUUAUUCUCGAAAGGCCUCUAACUGGAUUUUAGAGGAUUCUUGUCCAGACUACAUGUUGAAAGCUGAGGAAUGUUUGAAAAGGGAGAAAGAUAGAGUCUCUCAUUAUCUUCAUUCAAGUAGUGAGACAAAAUUGCUUGAGAAAGUGCAACAUGAGUUGUUGUCUGUGUAUGCUACCCAAUUGCUUGAGAAGGAGCACUCUGGAUGCCAUGCAUUACUUAGAGAUGAUAAGGUGGAGGACUUGUCAAGAAUGUAUAGACUCUUUUCUAAAAUACCACGAGGUUUAGAGCCCGUUGCUACUAUUUUUAAACAGCAUGUUACUGCUGAAGGUAUGACUCUGGUUAAACAAGCAGAAGAUGCUGCAAGCAAUAAGAAGGCAGAAAAGAGAGAUGUUGUUGGUAUUCAGGAACAGGUAUAUUUGAUGACUUAUGUUGAAUGUCCUUUAACAUAUUUCUCAGUUGGUACUAACUUACAAAUAUUCCAGGUGUUUGUUCGGAAAGUGAUUGAGCUUCAUGAUAAGUAUUUGGCUUAUGUAAAUGACUGUUUCCAAAACCACUCUCUUUUCCACAAGGCUCUGAAGGAAGCUUUUGAAGUUUUUUGCAACAAGGGUGUUGCUGGUAGUUCAAGUGCAGAACUUCUUGCUACAUUUUGUGAUAACAUUCUCAAAAAAGGUGGAAGUGAGAAAUUGAGUGAUGAGGCUAUUGAGGAGACACUGGAAAAGGUUGUAAAGCUGCUUGCUUAUAUAAGUGAUAAGGACUUAUAUGCAGAAUUCUAUAGGAAAAAAUUAGCUCGACGGUUGUUAUUUGAUAAGAGUGCCAAUGAUGAACAUGAGAGAAGUAUCCUGACGAAGUUAAAGCAGCAAUGUGGUGGUCAGUUCACAUCAAAGAUGGAGGGGAUGGUCACCGAUUUAACUUUGGCUAGGGAAAAUCAAACUAGCUUUGAGGAGUAUCUCAGUAAUAAUCCUAGUGCAAACCCUGGUAUUGAUUUGACUGUUACCGUACUUACCACCGGCUUUUGGCCAAGCUACAAGUCUUUUGAUCUUAACCUCCCAGCAGAGAUGGUUAAAUGUGUUGAAGUAUUUAGAGAUUUCUACCAAACCAAAACAAAGCACAGGAAGCUUACAUGGAUAUACUCGCUGGGUACUUGUAAUAUCAUAGGAAGAUUUGAGCCAAAAACUAUUGAGCUAGUUGUGACUACAUACCAGGCUUCUACUUUGCUGCUAUUCAAUGCAUCGGAUCGUCUGAGUUAUCAGGAAAUCAUGACACAGUUAAACCUGUCAGAUGAUGAUGUUGUUAGACUUCUUCAUUCCUUAUCAUGUGCAAAGUAUAAAAUUCUCAAUAAGGAGCCAAGCACAAAAACAAUAUCUCCCACUGAUGUUUUUGAGUUCAACUCAAAGUUCACAGACAAAAUGAGGAGGAUCAAGAUCCCUCUCCCUCCCGUGGAUGAGAAGAAAAAAGUUAUUGAAGAUGUUGAUAAAGAUAGGAGAUAUGCGAUUGAUGCCUCAAUAGUGCGCAUUAUGAAGAGCAGGAAGGUCUUGGGCUAUCAGCAGUUAGUCAUGGAAUGUGUUGAGCAGCUGGGGCGCAUGUUCAAGCCUGAUGUUAAAGCAAUCAAAAAGAGGAUUGAAGACUUGAUCACUAGGGACUAUCUUGAAAGGGAGAAGGAUAACCCUAACAUGUUCAAGUACUUAGCAUGAUUUGGCUUAGGUCGGUGAUAUCAAAGGAGUUAUUAAUUCUCACUGAUGCUAUAGCUUCAGUUUGAGAUGACAGUCACGGCUGUCGAAAUUGGCAGUCGAGCAGAACUCCUGUAUCGUGAUUUUUGUUACAGUCAAGUUUUUGAAAUCACAUCUACCCUGAGCUGAGCUGCAAAAGGUGGAUUGAUUAUAGCAGUCCACUAUGGUACCCGUACAUGUUAGGAAGAGGCAAAUUUGCUCUUCUUUGUGAAGAGAGUGAGACUUGUUCGUAUUCUCACAUAUAUGGCCCUCCCAUAAGCAUUCUCAAUAUGUGCUUGUUACUUUGUUAUAUACCCUCCGAGUAUUUAAUGUAAUGUAAUGUUUCAGUGAAUGGGGUUUUCUGGAAUCGUAUUUUCUUUCGUGAUUGAAGUUCCUUAAA